GUUAGUGACAAGUGAAUUCAGUCACAUCUGAAUUACAUAACACGCGCUUUAUCUUUACCAUUAGAUGUUUUGUCAAGCGUUUACCAGGGCUGUUAAAAUCAGCCAACUAGGACUGAAUAAAGUUACGUGGCAACUAACGCGUGAACGAAGUGGACAAUUUCUUAUACUACUUCCUUCAGCUAAAAUGUCCUGCCAAAACAAAGGUUCUUGUCAGGAUUUGCAAAAAAAACUUACACCUCAACAGUUUAAAGUGACCCAGGAAAAGGGUACAGAAAUGGCUUUCACUGGCAAUUUUUACGAUCAUCAUGAAAAAGGAACAUAUACAUGUGUCUGUUGUGACAGUCCACUAUUUAGUUCUGACACCAAAUAUGAUUCGGGUUCUGGAUGGCCAUCAUUCUACAAGACUCUGGAAGUGUCUCAGUCAAUGGAGAGUGUAGAACGUAUAUCAGAUGCCAGUCAUGGAAUGAUAAGGGUGGAAGUAGUGUGCAGAAAUUGUAAGGCACAUUUAGGACAUGUUUUUGAUGAUGGGCCAAGGCCAACAGGAGAACGCUUCUGCAUUAAUUCUGCAUCCUUGAAUUUUAUAGGAAGUGAGAAAGAAUAAUGAUGAAUUUAUAUUGUUUUGUGAUGUAUUUGAAGCUAGAUGUAAACUAGUGGAUCAAAAGAAUACUUGUCUGAGUAUCCAGA